AUGCCGCUCCGAUCGCGGUGUUGCGCGUUUCGCUCGUGGAGCAGAGCGCCAUUCUCCACGUCCUUCCCAUCUGCUUCACCCGUUCCGUUCGGCGGGUGCACAAGGUCCGCUUCCUCGGGGUCAUCUGACCCUCCAGACCUUGAGCUAGCGAGGGCGUGGCUGAACGCCUUCGAGUCGGGCGUCAAGACGAUUCCCCGCCAUGUCGGCCAGAUCUCCUUUAGCCGUUCAAGCGGCCCCGGUGGUCAGAACGUGAACAAAGUCAAUUCCAAAGCCACGUUGAAAGUGCCCCUAGCCGCGCUGCUGCCUCUCGUGCCGCGUCUACUACAUCCGGAGUUGCGCGCCUCUCGCUACGCCACCGACCGGUCCCAGGCGCUGGUGAUUCAGUCGGACGAGUCCCGGCAGCAGGCGAGCAAUGUAGACGCGUGCUAUGCAAAGCUUCACCAGCUGCUGGCCAGCUCGGCAAAAGCAGUCAUCCCUGGGGAGACGUCCCGAGAACAGAAAGAUCGCGUGAGCAAAUUACAGCGUGCCCAAAAUGAGGCCCGACUCAAGUCGAAGAAGUUUCACAGCAGCAAAAAGAGCAAUCGGCAGGGGAGCAAAUACGAUGAUUGA